AUGGUAGUAGCAGUGGGUCAGGGGUUGCUGCACAGCCGGAGCGUGCAGGAAAUGCUGCAACCUCCGCUGCCCCUGCCCGUGCCUCCGGCGCCCAUGCCUGUGCCCGUGCCUGCAGGCGGCUGGGCACGUGAAGCGAGCAUGGCACCGCUGCUCACCCCGCCACCAGCGGGUGCAGCAACAGCAGCAGCGACGCACACAGCAGGAGCAGCCCCAGCAGCAUCAGCAGCAGCAGGGGCGGCAGUGCUGGGAGUGCCAUCAGCGCAGGGCGUGGCCAUGGCAGCGGGCAUGGCCAUGGGUGUGCCGCUGCCCCUCGCACUGCCCCUCACCCUGCCAGCCCCCCUGCCGCUCGCCCCGCCCCUGCAGCCCUCCUCCUCGCCCUUCACCACGGGCAGCAGGAAGCCACGGGCGGAGAAGAAGGACGCGGCCACGGCAGCAGCAGUGCUGGCGGCGGCGGCGGCACGGGAGGCAGGGGGAGGGGCGGGGAGCACGCCUCCGCGCAAGCGGUCGUGCAACUGCCGCAACUCGCGCUGCCUCAAGCUGUACUGCGAGUGCUUUGCGGCGGGGCUGUACUGCGAGGGGUGCAACUGCGUGAACUGCUGCAACUCGCCGGCCAACGAGGUGCAGCGCCACGAGGCUGUGCUCGCCGUGCUCGCCGUGCUCGCCGUGCUCGACCGCAACCCCAACGCCUUCAGCCCCAAAAUCGCCCCCCACAGCCCCUCCCACGCCCCCGCUCCGGGCGAGGCGGCGCGCGUGCACACGGCGGUGGCGGGGCGGCACCGCGCGGGGUGCCACUGCCGCAAGAGCGGGUGUCUGAAGAAGUACUGCGAGUGCUUCCAGGCCAACGUGCUGUGCGGCGCCAACUGCAAGUGCGCCGACUGCAAGAACUUUGAUGGCAGCCUCGACCGCCACGCUGUUGUUGCCGGGCUCGCUGCUGCCGCCGCCGUCACGCCCAUCAAGUUUGAGAUGGCAGCGUACCAGCGCAUGGUCACCCCCACCAAGGCGUCCGCCUUCACGCCUCCUGCUGCGCGCGCUGGGCUGCACUCCCACACAUCCCCGCACGCCCACGCACACGCUCGCACACCCUCUCACUCGCUCGCUCACUCGCAAUCGUACCCUCCCUUUCGGCCUCACCACUCCCCUGUGCCUGCCCACGCUGCUGCUGCUGGGGGUGCCAUGGGCGGUGGGAUGGGCGGGGCAUGGGAUGGGAGGGGCGGGGGCCACGCGGGUGGGCAUGUGGUGGGGGGAGGGAGUCCUGACGGCAGCACCGUGCACAUGCACCCACCUGCCGCCUUGAGGUACGCGCUGGCUGGCCUGGGAGGGACUCACGUGUGCCCACCACACGGUGUGAUUCCCUUGAGUCAGUAUCACCGGCAAGCAGCUUCCCUCAGUUCCCCGUCCCCUUCAUCUCCCUUCCAUCCCCUCGUCCCUUUGCCCCUGCCACCUCGCACUCACCCUGCCACCUCUCACUCACCCUGUCUCCUCCACCCCCUGCGCGCCCAACCUCCCCCUCCCCACAUGCCCCGCAGGUCGCCCUCCCCGCACCCCCCCCUGGCGGGCCUCUCCCCCUCCCACGCGCCCUCCAUGCCCGCCCUGCCCUCCCCCUCGGCGGCCUCGCCCCUCUCCGUGUGGGCGGCGCGGCGCACGUGCAUGCUCAUGGCGGCGCUGGCGUGGGGCAUUCAGCACGAGUACAGCGCGUGCACAGUAUCCGUCUCGCCGGAGCCAGAGGCAGUGCGGCCAGCACUGGCAGCUGAGGCAGCUGAAGCACGCGCUGCAGCAGAGGAGCCUUCUCAACCCGCCCCCGCGCAGCAGAGCCCUCCCCACAGUCCCACCGCCACAGUCAAGCUCGGCUUCCAGGGCCCCCACCUGCCCGCUUCUGCUCACCUCUCCGCUGCUCCUCCCCAGCUGUCUGCUCCUCCCCAGCUGUCUGGUGCUCCCAGGGCAGAGUGUGAGCGUGCAGGCAGUGCAGGCGAGGCGGGUGAUGGAGGCAGGGGGGCGAGUGAGAGGGCAGAGGGGCACGGCGGGCGAGUGGAGGAGAGCAGGGCGGUGGAGGAGGAGAGCAGGGCGGUGGAGGAGGAGAGCAGGGCGGUGGAGGAGGAGAGCAUGGGUGGGGUGGCGGGGCACGGUGGGGGGAAAGGGAGUGAGGGGGGCGGUGAUCGCCGAGAGCAGGGGCAGGCGAGAGAGGGAGGCGAGGGGCAGGCAAGAGAGGGAGGCGAGGGUGGAGGCGCGAGGACGGAUGGGGAGGUGAGAGGCGUGGGUAGGGCAGAGAGCCAGGCUGCUGGCGGUCAUGGUGAUGUGAUCAUGCCAGGGAUGCUCGGUGACAAUCGCCCUGGACACAAGGAGGAUGAAAAGGCGAUCGAUAGGGUAGAAACCGAGGAGGGGGAUGGAGGUGUGGAAAGGGAAGGGGAGGAAACGGAAGGGGAGGAGAGAGAUAGAGAGGAGAAAGAUGAGAAAGAGAAGUAUGGCGCGGAGAGGGAUGGGGGGGAGAGGGAAGGGGAGGAGAGUGAUGGGGAAGAGAGUGAUGGGGAGGAGAGUAAUGGGGAGGAGAGUAAUGGGGAGGAGAGUGAUGGGGAGAAGAGAGGAUGGGAGGACAUUGAAGGGGAAAUGAGAGAAGAGGAGGAGAGCAGAGACGAGAGAAAAGGGGAGGAGAGAGGAGGGGAUAGGACAGAUGGGGAAAAUAAAGAUAAGGAGAGAGAAGCUGAUGAGAGCGAAUUGCCAGGGAUGGAACGAAGGGAAAGAAUGAGGAGUGAAGAGAAGGCGCGAGAUGAUGACGAGAGGGGAGGAACGGAGAGUGAGGAGAUGAGGAGUGACGGGAAGGUCAUGAAGGAGAGUGUAGAGACAGGGAGGAAAGGGAAGGUGAUUGUUGAAAAGAGAAGGGAUGGGAGCGAGAGAGGAUCGAACAGGAGGGAAGGGAAGGACAAGGAUGGAGAGGAGAGAGGUCGGGAGGGGCCAGGCCACUUGGUGGUGGUGGGCGAGGCAGGCGGCAAGUCAAGUGUGGUGGCGCGGGAUAAAGAUGAGGUGGUGAGCAGUGAGCGCGUGGGGAGUGCAGGUGUGGGGUGCAGGGAGCAAGGGGGCGGUGGAGAGAGCAAGGCGGAGCAGCGGCACACGGAGGAGAGGGGGUGGCGGGCUGAGCCCCCGUCACAGAGGCUGGGGGGUUUUGUGGGGGGGGUGGGAGGGGUGGGUGAGGGCGCAAGUGGUGAGGGGGGUGGUGGUGGUGGUGGCUGUGUGAAGAAAGAGUGGGCAUGUGCAAUGGACAAGCGUGACUGUAAGGGCAAGAUUGGCGGCAGCAGCAACAAGGGCGAGGGUGAGAAGAAAGGCGAGAGUGAGAAGCAGGGAGAGAGUGAGACGAAGGGAGAGAGUGAGAAGAAGGGAGAGAGUGAGACGAAGGGCGAGAGUGAGAAGAAGGGAGAGAGUGAGAAGAAGGGAGAGAGUGAGAAGAAGGGCGAGAGUGAGAAGAAGGGCGAGAGUGAGAAGAAGGGCGAGAGUGAGAAGAAGGGCGAAAGUGAGAAGGGAGAGAGUGAGAAGAAGGGCGAGAGUGAGAAGAAGGGCGAGAUUGAGAAGAAGGGCGAGAGUGAGAAGAAGGGCGAGAGUGAGAAGAAGGGCGAAAGUGAGAAGAAGGGAGAGAGUGAGAAGAAGGGCGAGAGUGAGAAGAAGGGCGAGAGUGAGAAGAAGGGCGAGAGUGAGAAGAAGGGCGAGAGUGAGAAGAAGGGCGAGAGUGAGAAGAAGGGCGAGAGUGAGAAGAAGGGCGAGAGUGAGAAGAAGGGCGAGAGUGAGAAGAAGGGAGAGAGUGAGAAGAAGGGCGAGAGUGAGAAGAAGGGCGAGAGUGAGAAGAAGGGCGAGAGUGAGAAGAAGGGCGAGAGUGAGAAGAAGGGCGAGAGUGAGAAGCAGGGCGAGAGUGAGAAGAAGGGCGAGAGUGAGAAGAAGGGCGAGAGUGAGAAGAAGGGUGAGAGUGAGAAGAAGGGCGAGAGUGAGAAGCAGGGCGAGAGUGAGAAGAAGGGCGAGAGUGAGAAGAAGGGCGAGAGUGAGAAGAAGGGCGAGAGUGAGAAGAAGGGCGAGAGUGAGAAGAAGGGCGAGAGUGAGAAGAAGGGCGAGAGUGAGAAGAAGGAUAACAGUGAGAAGGGUGAGAGUAAGAAGAAUGGUGACUGUGAGAAAAAGGGCGAGAGUGAGAAGAAGGAAGAGAGUGAGAAGAAGGAAGAGAGUGAGAAGAAGGAAGAGAGUGAGAAGAAAGGUGAGACUGAGGCGUGUUUGGAAGAGGGUGGGGUGGUAGUGGAGGUGGACGAGGAGGUGGGAGUGGGUGCAGCGGGGAAGGUGUGUGAGUUGACUCGCAUGCUGCUGGGUCCCAGUGUGUCGCCUCUUGGUGCUGCAUGCGUUGGUGGUGGCAAGCAAGAUGUGAAGGCGGUGGGCGAUGUGAAGGCGGUGGGCGAUGUGGUGCUGGCAGGUGGUGGGGCAAUGGCUGCUGAGGAAGAGAGGGGGCAAGCAGUGGAUGCAGAGGAGAAACAGGUGGAGGGCGGUGAGGAGGAGGAGGGGCGAGGGGGUAAGGGGAGGGAGCAGGUGAGCAUGAAGCAGGAGGGCAGCGAUGAGAGCAGAGCCGCACAGGCGGGGCAGGAGAGGGGAGAGCUGCGGGCAACGACUGCGAGCUUGGUGGAGGGCGAGGUGGAGGAGGGAGAUGGGGAUGAGGAAGUGGUGGGAGGUGCCAAGGUAGGAGGUGGAGGGCAGGAGCAGCAGGAGGAGGGGGUGGAGGGGUGGCAGCAGCAGUCGUUGUCGCCGGGCACGCGGGCGCUCAUGUGCGACGAGCAGGGCGACCCCGGCGACACACUCUUCACCGCCACCUCCUCCCCCCUCGCCCGCUCCACCGCCCUCGCCAGCAGCGAUGCCGAUGCUGACCUGGAUGAUGACGUGGCGAGGGGUGAUGUGGCGGACGAGGGGGCAGAGCAAGGUGGAGGGGAAUGGGGUGUGUGGUGGGAUGGCAGGCGGGUGAGUCGCAAGCGCAGUGCAGAGCUGAUGGAGGGGGGAGGCGCGGGGGAGGGGCAGCGUGGCAUGGGCGCGGGAGGGGCGAGGGGAGGAGAGGCGUGGGGUGGGAGGCGGGCGAUGCAAGAGAGGGCGGUGCAAGAGAGGGCGGUGCAAGAGAGGGCGUUGCUGGAGUUGCUAGAGGACCACCUCUUGCAGAUCACCGCCCACAUUGGCGCCCCCGCCUGCUAG